GUUGCAGAGAUCCAUAACCAUGAGCCUUGUUCAAAACUCUUUAGCUUUUAUGACUACGCAGGCAAAGUUAACGAGGAGAGUUUGGACAGGAUUCUUAAAGACAGAAGAAAAAACGUUAUUGGAUGGUACAGAUUUAGGAGGAACACUCAACAGCAAAUGUCCUAUAGAGAGCACAUCAUUCAUAAACAGCUGACACACAUUCUUGGAGUGCCUGAUCUUGUCUUCCUUCUCUUCAGCUUCAUUUCCACUGCCAAUAACUCAACACACGCUUUAGAAUAUGUGCUUUUUAGACCAAACCGAAGGUAUAAUCAAAGGGUGUCACUUACUAUUCCUAAUCUAGGCAACACUAGUCAACAGGAAUACAAAGUUUCUUCAGUGCCAAAUACUUCUCAGAAUUAUGCCAAAGUUAUUAAGGAACACGGUACUGAUUUUUUUGACAAGGAUGGCGUGAUGAAGGACAUCAGGGCUAUAUAUCAGGUUUAUAAUGCACUUCAGGAAAAAGUACAGGCAGUAUGUAUAGAUGUAGAAAAAAGUGAACGUGUUGUUGAAUCUUUUCAAGCUGAUGUCAACAAGUUAAAAAGGCAAAUCGCACAAAAGAAGAAUGAAAAAGAACAAGAAAUAAGAAUGCAGCAAGCAAUGUUAAGCAGGCAGAUGCCAACAGAUAACUUGGAACCUAUGUUUGUUCCACGAAUGUCCUACACUGGAUUUGCUGUGGAAGGCUGCACGCUUGAAGAUUCAGAUGUCUCUGAUCCUCCCCCUCCAUAUUCCGAUUUCAAUGCAACCAGUCAAGAAAGUACUGUCGCUCAUGGUCUCCUGGAAAGCAAUGUUUUUAUGCCUCGACCUCAAGCAGUAGGUUCUUCUAGUUAUGUUUCCACAAAUGCAGGAUUGAAAUAUUCUGGUAAUGGAGCAUCCAUGCCUCCGGUUGGUGACAAUGUUGACGAAUCAGAAGACAGUGAUUAUGAAAAUUUGCUUGAACCUACGGAGUCCUCUGACAGUGAAUACUCACAGACAAGGGAUUCACGACCUUCAGCACAUCCCGAUGGUGAUUCCAGGAACACUCAAACUUCUCAGAUUUGAUAGGGGGGGGAAAUAAAAAUCCCCACGACACUGUUUUUUCAUAAUUGUUACAGAGAGAUUUUGGGGAUUUAACCUGGAGGAAAUGAACUACACAGGAUUCCUGUGCACACAAUAUGUAGAAGACUUGCACUAGAUGGUUUAUUCACCUUGUGAUACAUUUUGCAAGUUUUAUAAUGGAAUCAUUAGGAUAAUCAAGUUGUACUAAUACUGAUGAGGUUCAUGGAUGUACUGGUAAAUUUAGGCAAAAUGAAAAUUUAUAGAGAACUUGUAGCUUUUUUUUGUUGCCGU